CGGGCAGCGGCUCCAUGCUACACGUGACGGCACAAAGGGCAACCACAACCAGAAGACGGCACAGCAGAGCCCACUAUGUGGCGGCAGCUCCUGGAGGAUGGCAGGUCGGUCUGCGCUGAGCACUGUCCCCACUGGCCUUACAGACUCCUGGUCCCUGCCGCUGUUGGCCUGGGAGGGGCGCUACUGUGCUGGAAGCUUCAUGGACGGAAGAUUAAGUCUAUAGAGCUGGGAGAAGGCUGGUGGGGCCCCGGGGAAAAGCCCCCCAACUAUGGAGAGGACACCCGUGUGCGGCCCUUCGUCAUAGACGCCUCAGAGGACGACAUUGAGGAUCUUCACCGACGCUUGGACGCCACCAGGUUCUUCUCUCCCCUUGAAGACGCCCGAUUCAUCUACGGGUUUAACUCUUCACAUCUGCAGAAAGUGAUUUCCUACUGGAGGAACCGAUACGACUGGAAGAAGCAAGUGAAGGUCCUGAAUAAGUAUCCGCACUUCAAAACCAACAUAGAAGGUCUGGACAUACACUUCAUCCACGUGAAGCCACCACAUGUGACCCCAGGACAGAAGGUCUAUCCUCUCCUCAUGGUCCAUGGCUGGCCGGGAUCCUUCUACGAGUUCUAUCACAUCCUCCCUCUCCUGACCGAUCCCGGGAAUCAUGGUCUCAAUCCAGAAGUCGCCUUUGAGGUCGUCUGUCCUUCUAUCCCGGGAUACGGCUUUUCUGAAGCGUCAUCGAAGAUGGGAUUCAGCGCCUUCGCCGCCGCACGGAUCUUCUACAAGUUGAUGCUCAGACUUGGAUUCAAUGAAUUUUACCUCCAGGGUGGGGACUGGGGCAGCAGAAUUACCACCCUCUUGUCUCAGAUGAAGCCCAAGUCGGUAAAGGGUCUCCACCUGAACUUUGUGAUUAUGCCGACUAGAGGAUUAGGGAGGAUCAAGUCUCUGGUGAUUGGCCGGUACAUGCCGUGGCUGGUGGGGCUGACCAGAGAAGACGUCCGGCUUCUGUAUCCCUACAUGGAGAAGAACGUGUUCAGGAUUAUGAGGGAGACUGGAUACCUGCACAUUCAGGCAACCAAACCGGACACCAUAGGGUCUUCCCUGAACGACUCCCCCGCCGGACUCGCCGCCUACAUCCUAGAGAAGUUCUCCACAUGGACAGACGACUCUUAUCGGGAGCUGGAGGACGGCGGCCUGGACAGGAAAUAUUCCCUUGAUGAUCUCUUAACUAACGUGAUGAUCUACUGGAUUACGGGAUCCAUCACAACCUCCAUGAGGUUCUACAAGGAGAACUUCACACGCAACUAUAGUAGCACCCCGGACACCAAGAUCGGGGUGCAUGUACCCACUGGCAUCGCGGCUUUCCCCUGUGAGUUGGAGCACGUUCCGCAGGUCUGGGCCAAGCAGAAGUUCCUUAACAUCGUCUCGUACACCUACAUGCCACGCGGGGGGCACUUCGCUGCCUUCGAGGAACCAGAACUUCUGGCGCGCGACAUCCAGAACUUGGUGUCUAAGGUCGAGAAGAUGUGAAGGGAAGGAGAUCAUGUGACCAUCAUCACAAUGGAAGGCACAGACGUGUUACUAGUGACUGUAUCCCCCCAGAGCCCCCCAAGAGGAUCAUCACACAUGAAUAUCUGUGGGGGUGCAGGUUGUAGGGCGCCCCCUGGUGUGUAUACAGCAUUGAUCACAUUGUAUCCAUUUAUAUACAAUAUAAACACAAAUAAAAUGACAUCAGGGACA